UAUUCUCUAUGUAUUAAUGGUGAGACUCAUGGCCAUUUCAAAGGGGAAAAAGGGAUUAGACAGGGGGACCCCAUAUCUCCUCUAAUAUUUGUUCUAGUUAUGGAAUAUCUUACUAGACUGUUGCAAGAAAUGGCAAGCCAAGGAAGAUUCAAAUACCACCCAAUGUGUGCAGAAAUGAAGAUCAUUAGCCUGAUGGUUGCAGACGACCUAAUAGUGGUAUGUAAGGGGGAUGAAGGUUCUAUCCAGUGUAUUAUGAAAGCACUAGAGAAAUUCAAGGAGACGACUGGACUGCAAAUCAAUCCAAACAAAUCCCAAGUGGUUUUUGGAGGGGUCAAACCACAGCAACAGGAAAGCCUACUCAAGUUAACUGGAAUGGGCAGAGGCAAAUUACCUUUCACUUAUCUUGGUAGCCCAGUCACUACUUCUCGCCUUAAAUCCUCAGAUUGUGACAGAUUAGUAGCCAAGCUAACUGCCAAGAUCAAUGCGUGGAACUCUAAGCAUUUCUCCUACAGUGCAAAGGUUAGACUUAUUAAUGCCAUGCUUAUGGGGGUCAUCACUUUCUGGACCAGAAUCUUUAUUCUGCCCAAAAUGGUACUUAAGAAGAUUAUGAGCAUAUGCAGAAACUUUUUAUGGGGUGGGGCAGCAGAUUACUCCAAAUCUCCCCUUGUUAGUUGGGAUAUCAUAUGCCAACCUAAGAGCAAAGGGGGUCUUGGGCUGAGAAACAUCAUUAACUGGAACAAAGCAACCAUUAUGAAAUUAAACUGGGACAUUGCUAACAAGGAGAACGUGCUUUGGGUCAAAUGGAUACAUUCCAGGUAUAUUCAAUCUGCUAGCUACUGGGAUUAUAUCCCUAAGCCCAGCUCUUGCCAUUACUGGAGACAAAUGGUAAGGGUGAGGGAUAAAUUUAGGGAAAUGCAGCUAGUUGGGGAGUUUGAGGUGAAAAAAGGCUAUGAGUGGCUUCAGGGUGAUCUCCAGAGGGUUGGAUGGGCUAACUGGGUGUGGAACAAAGCAACCCCUCCCAAAGUACAGUUUAUAUUCUGACUAUUAAUGCGAGACAAACUUUUAACCAAGAUUAGAAUGGCUAAAUGGUGCUCUACUAACACUGACUGUGUACUAUGUGGGGGU